AUGCAUCAUCAACGAACUCGUAACCACCACGACGUGAACCACGAGGACGAUAAGAAAAUCGAAACCUCCAAGGAGUCUUUCGUGAAAGCGAACGCGCCGAGACGAAUAAAAAAAGUCACUUUUUCGACGAUGUCUGGGAGCGAAAUCGCGAGAGCGGGCGUUUUACACGUCACGGAAAGGACUUUGUACACACCAACGGAACGCAUGCCGUUAGAAGGAGGAAUAUUAGACCCGAGAUUAGGGACGACGAAUAAGUCACAGCCGGAGUGUCAGACGUGUAAAGGGAAGAUUAUGGAUUGCAGCGGCCACUUCGGGUAUUUGAAGUUGGAGUUGCCGGUGUUUCACGUCGGGUAUUUUAAAGCCAUCGUGCAUUGUUUGCAGUGCGUGUGUAAGGAGUGCUCGUGUUUGUUAAUGAAGGAAGAAGAGCAGGAAGAGAUGUUGACGAAGUUACGGUCGAGGGAGAAGAAAAUUGGAGGCGUCGACCACGCGUACAGACGGGUGAUGUUUAAGAAAUUGUUGGAGAAGUGCAAAAGGACAAAGGUGUGCUUUCAGUGCGAAGCGGUGAACGGGCCGGUAAAACGUGCGGGACAAAACCUGAAGAUUAUUCACGAAAAGUAUACGAGCAACAAAGCCGAACAGGAGAAAAGAGAGAGAGCGUUUGAAGAGGCUAUGAAACACAACGACCAGUUGAGACAACACAUCUCGAGAGCGCAGGACGAUUUGAACCCGAUUCGAGUGUUGCAAAUUUUUAAAAGAAUCGCUGAAAAGGAUUUGAGUUUGUUAGAUUUAGCACAGAGACCGGAGAACAUGGUCAUCACGCACUUGAGCGUACCACCGUGCUGUAUUCGACCGUCCGUAGAGUUGGACGGACAAGCCGGGAGCACGGAGGAUGAUAUUUCCAUGAAAUUGGUACAGAUUAUUGAGAUUAAUAACGUGUUGAGGCAAGGGUUGGAACGAGGAUUAGCGGUGACAAACAUGAUGGAAAACUGGGAGUUUUUGCAGAUUCAGUUCGCGAUGUACAUUAAUUCAGAGUUGCCCGGGAUAUCGAGUCAAUAUCAGAGUCCCGGGAAACCGUUGAGAGGCUUCGUGCAACGCUUGAAGGGAAAACAGGGACGGUUUCGCGGUAAUUUGUCCGGGAAAAGAGUUGAUUUCACCGCGAGAACGGUCAUAUCUCCCGAUCCAAACUUACGAAUCGACGAGGUAGGUUUGCCACAACACAUCGCGAUGCAGUUGACGUACCCAGAAACGGUAAAUAACAACAACAUCGCCGAGUUGAGACAGUUGAUAAUCAACGGCGAAGGAAAAUGGCCGGGUGCGAAUUUCGUGAAGUCUAAGCAGUCCGGGCAUUUUUCGGCUCAAUAUUUGAAAUACGGCGAUAGAAAUCGAGUCGCGAAAAAGUUAAAACCGGGAGACAUCGUCGAGCGGCACGUGCGUGAUGGCGACAUCGUUCUUUUCAAUCGCCAACCGUCUUUGCACAAGAUGAGCAUCAUGGCACACCGAGCGAAAGUCAUGCCAUGGCGCACGUUACGAUUUAACGAGUGCGUCUGUGCGCCAUACAACGCCGAUUUCGACGGCGAUGAGAUGAACAUUCACUUGCCGCAAACGGAAGAAGCGAGAGCGGAAGCGAUCAGUCUCAUGGGUGUGACGCAAAAUCUGUGCACGCCCAAAAACGGUGAAAUUUUAAUCGCCGCGACGCAAGAUUUCUUAACUGCCUCGUUCUUAUUAACCUCCAAAGAAGUGUUCUUUGACCGCUCGCAAUUUGGACAAUUAGCCGCGUACAUGUCAGAUGCGUUAGAAUCAAUCGAUUUACCGUCGCCAGCGAUUGUAAAACCGAUUGAAAUGUGGACUGGAAAACAAAUCUUUUCCGUUUUGAUUCGACCACGCAUGCGAGAUCAGAUUUUCGUCAACUUGGAAGUCUCCGAAAAGGCGUACACAAAAGUGAACCAGCAAAUGUGCUCGAACGAUGGAUAUGUUUGCAUCCAAAACUCGGAAAUUAUUUCUGGCCAGUUAGGAAAAGCAACUUUAGGCGGUGGAAACAAGACGGGUCUGUUUUACGUCUUGAACUCCGAUUACGGCGCCGACGUGGCUGCAAACGCCAUGAACCGUCUCGCUAAACUAGCCGCGCGAUGGAUAGGUAUUCGCGGCUUUUCCAUCGGUAUAGACGACGUGAAACCGUCUCCUGAAUUAGAACGAGAGAAACAAAAUCGAGUCGAUUCUGGCUACGCCAAGUGCGACGAACGCAUCGCGAGCUUCGAGAAAGGUACGUUGGAUUUACAACCCGGGUGUAACGCCGAACAGACUUUAGAGGCGGAAGUUUUAGGCGUGCUGUCUGCCGUUCGCGAAGCGGCCGGGAACGCGUGUUUAGACGCGUUACCAAAACUAAACUCGCCUUUAGUCAUGGCAUUGUGUGGUUCCAAAGGGUCUACAAUUAACAUCUCGCAAAUGAUGGCGUGUGUCGGCCAACAGGCGGUUGGAGGCACGCGCCCGCCGGAUGGCUUUUUCGAACGUUCUUUGCCGCACUUUAAGCGCGGCGAAAAAACGCCCGCGGCAAAAGGAUUCGUCGCGAACUCUUUCUACUCUGGUUUACUUCCAACUGAGUUUUUCUUCCACACGAUGGCUGGGAGAGAAGGUUUAGUCGACACCGCGGUGAAAACCGCCGAAACCGGGUACAUGUCCAGACGCUUGAUGAAAGCGUUGGAGGAUUUGAGUUUAGGCUACGAUGGGACGGUUCGAAACAGCAGCGGAGAUAUCGUCCAGUUAGAGUACGGGGACGACGGGAUGGAACCAACGUUGAUGGAAGGUUCAGAAGGCGAACCUGUAGAGUUGGAACGCCUCAUGUUGAGAGCGAAAGGUUUGAUUCCUCAGCGAAAACAUCCAUACGAAGAGAAUCCUACACAGACGCCGCCGACGACAAAAAACGGUAGAAAGAACGGUAAAAACGGAGUACACGCGACGACCACACCCGCUGUAAAGUUGGAAGGUAAAGAUAAACUCAUACUCACUACUGAAGAUGCGAACGUUAUACUCGAAAAGCGAGGUUUUGGCGAGAAGGAUUUACCCGAAGACGACGAAGACGAACGCCUUCGCGCGGGAUUACAAUACAGCAAAGAUAAAAUUUCGUACCGUUUCAAGCAAUCCGUCCGAGACUAUAUCUCGUCGCCAAAAGUGCUCGAGCAAAAACUUUCCACGAGACGCGUGGAUGCGUUUCUCAAGGCGUGCGUGCAAAAGUAUAAAUCGAAACGCAUCGAACCGGGCACGGCGGUGGGCGCUGUCGGUGCGCAAUCUAUCGGCGAACCCGGGACACAAAUGACGUUAAAAACCUUUCAUUUUGCCGGCGUUGCGUCGAUGAACAUCACGUUGGGUGUGCCUCGUAUCAAAGAGAUUAUCAACGCGACGAAGAAUAUCUCCACGCCGAUCAUUACAGCUAAGUUGAUUUCGGACAAGGACGUGAAAGCGGCACGGUUGGUGAAAGGACGAAUGGAGAAAACGAUGCUUGGCGAAAUUUGCGAAACUAUUUCGGUCGUUUUGCGUCCGUCCGGAGCGUACCUUGAAUUCGUACUCGACGAAAAGGCGAUCGCUUCACUACAAUUGGACGUGACUGCUGAGUCCGCGAGAGAGGCCAUAUUAGCCGCGCCGAAAUUGAAACUGAAAGACCACAACGUCGUCCUCGCCGGGAACCGCGCGAUACACGUGAUACCUCCUGACGAGAAAGCAUCUUCGAAAGAUCCUACUGGUAAGAGAGCCAUAAUCAACGUUUUACAAUCAUUGCGAACGGCCGUACCAAAAGUCAUAGUUCGCGGUUUGUCUUCCGUCACUCGCGCGGUAAUUAACAAAGGCGGCAUGAGCUCGAAGGACGACAAGGAUUCGUUCAAUUUGAUCGUCGAAGGCACGAACCUUCUCGACGUCAUGUCUAUCGAUGGUGUCGUCGGCGAAGAGACGACGACAAACCACAUCAUGGAAGCCGAAAGGUCCUUAGGUAUCGAAGCUGCGCGUUCUUGCGUGAUCAAAGAAAUCAACGAUACGAUGAAGGCCCACGGCAUGUCCAUCGAUUCUCGACAUUCGAUGUUAUUAGCUGACGUGAUGACGUAUAAGGGAGAAGUUUUGGGCAUCACCAGAUUUGGGAUGGCUAAGAUGAAAGAGUCCGUACUCAUGCUCGCCUCGUUCGAGAAAACCACGGAUCACUUGUUUGAGGCGGCUCUGAGGGGCCGCACGGAUCAAAUCGACGGCGUUUCCGAGUGCAUCAUCAUGGGCGUUCCCAUGCCGAUUGGUACCGGCAUGUUCAAAUUGAAACAGCGGAACGUGGAUUUGAAAGUGACCAAGUUGGAUCGAGUCAUCAACGUAGAUGAAGACGAUGAUGAUGAUGAUGACGACGAGAAUGAACAUUUGCGACUCGAGCGAUCUCAGUACGACGAAGAAGUCGAGCACGAGCACUUCAUAAGUGAGAUCGAAUACACCGAGAUUCGUGAGCUUCCGAAACGACCACCUUUAUUGUUAGAGUAG